AUGGAACCGAUUAAAUUAUUGUACCCUUUGAAAGGGUUAAAUGAAAAGGAUUGUGAAUCAUUAUUCAAUGGACGGGCAUUCGGGAAAGGAGAAGAAGCAAACAACAAUCAUCCUGAGUUAGUGGAGAUUGGGAGGGAUAUAGUGAAAAAAUGUGGAGGAGUGCCUUUGGCUGCAAAAGCACUAGGAAGUUUAUUGUGCCAUACAAGAAACAAAAAGGAGUGGUUGGAUGUCUUAGAUACUGAAAUUUGGAAGCUAUGUGAACGCGAAAACGAACCUGAACAAGAAAUUUUACCUGCUCUAAGGAUAAGCUACAACCACUUGCCAUCCCAUUUGAAGCAAUGCUUUGCCUAUUGUUCUAUUUUCCCACAAGAUCAUGAAAUAGAUGUUGAUGAUUUGAUCCAUCAAUGGAUGGCACAUGGGUUCAUCCAACCACCACCACCAAAUAGAGGAGGGGGAAGUCACUCUACAUUAGAAGACAUUGGGAAUAGGUAUUUCAGGGAAUUGUUAUGGAGAUCAUUCUUCCAAGAGCUAAGAGAAGUAGAUCGUUUUGGCAGGAAAAAGUGGGUUUGCAAAAUGCAUGACCUGGUGCAUAAUCUUGCACGAUGGGUCGCAGGGUCGAAGGUAGAAGAUUACUACUACGACUACUCAGGAGAUAGUAGUAGUAGUAGUAGUUGUAGUAAUCACAUAAUAUCUCAUCAAGGGGGAGUCCGGCGACACAUCGUUUCUCAUGUUAAGAAGGCUGACACAUUAAAUCAUCAAACUCUGGUGAUACCCUUGAAUGACAAGCCCCAAAAGUUACGGACACUUUAUUGGCAUCACGAUGAUGAUGAUUAUGGUAAGUUGGGAAUUAGUGUUGGAUUCAUUUCACCUUUGCAAGGCUUGCGAGUGUUACAGUUAAGAAAUUUAAAAAUCAAACAUGUGCCGAAGUCCAUAGGUUACCAGCUGCAACAAUUAAGGUACGUUGACCUCUCCGGCAAUUCAUUCAAAGCACUCCCUAAUUCUAUUUGUAGGUUAUAUAAUCUGCAAACAUUAAGACUUGGGGGUUGUGGGGAAUUUAAACAGUGGCCCAGAGAUAUGACAAAAUUGGUUAGCCUUAGACAUCUUGAGUUGGAUGAGGGUCUAAAUAUACGAUACAUGCCACGUGGGUUGGGGCAGUUGUCUUCUCUUCAAACUUUGGGAUAUUUCGCUGUGGCGGCAGGGGGAAGGAAGAAGGCUGGACUUGGGGAGUUGCAUGGCCUAAACCAGCUUCGAGGAAAAUUAGUCAUCCGAAGGCUUGAAAAUGUAAGAGAUGCUAGAGAUGCAGAGGAAGCAAACUUGAAGGAAAAGUCGGAGCUUCAAUCUUUGAAAUUGGAUUGGAAAAAGGGGAAAUUCGAUUAUAGAGGGCAAGGAUGUCUAGAAGACAUAAAACGAGGGAUUCAAGUGUUGGGGAAUCUCCAGCCGCACCCAAAUCUUAAGGAGUUUAAAAUUAUAAAUUACGUAGGCAUCGAGAUGCCACGUUGGAUGCUCUCUUCUUCCCUGCUCCCGCAUCUAAUGGAACUUGACCUCUGUAAUUGUUAUAAUCUCAAAUGUUUGCCACUAAUUGGCGAAUUCCCUUGCCUUAGAAAUCUCCAAUUAACGCAUUUAGAUGUUGUGGAGUCCAUAUGCAAUAAAGUGGAGAUGUUGGGAAACAAUAAUGGAGGAGGAGGAGAAGGAGAAGGAAAACCAUUGGUAUUAUUUCCAUCGCUAGAAAAACUUUAUCUCUACUCUACACCAAAUCUGGAGAGAUGGACAAUCUCAGUAGAAGCAACAGAAGCACAACAUAGCAACAAUCAUUUGCAUUGGCUGUCUUCGAUGUUUCCUAGUCUCACCCACUUGACUUUCAGUCGUUGCAAUAAGCUAACAAGAGUGCCAAUUCUUUCGGGGGGAGGAAUAAGCCAUCUAACCUCUCUUCAAACAUUGAGAAUCGAACAUCUUGAAAGAUUGGCAUCUCUGCCUGAUUGCCCUGCUCCAGCAACAUUAGAAAGGCUAACCAUCAGUAACUGUCCGAAUCUGUUGAGAUUUGCAGACUGCUUCUUUGAUCAUCUCAAGUCACUUUCUGAGUUUACAGUUUUAGAUUGUGAGAAGUUGACAUCUUUACAGGAAGGAAUUCGACACCUUAUUACAUUGAAACUGCUACAAAUUGGCGGAUGUCCAGGCUUGGUAACAUUACCGGUGGGCUUGGGAAGUCUUUCAUCACUUGAACAGCUCCUGAUUAGGAAUUGCUCUAAUUUGUCGUCUCUACCAAAAGAAAUUCAGCACCUCACUGCACUUAAAAAGCUGAAAAUUUUUGAAUGUCCAGCUCUGAAGACGUUACCGAAGAGGUUGGGAAGUUUCUCAUCGCUUGAAGAGCUUAAGAUUUGGGAUUGCUAUAAUUUGUCAUCCCUGCCUGAAGGGAUUCAGCACCUCGCAUCUCGUGGUGUACUUCAGAUUUCAAAUUGUCCUAAUCUGUCUUCUUAG